AUGGCUGAUUCUGUGGAUUCAGAGUAUGAUGUGUCAGAUAUAGAAUCAACUUCAAAAGCACCCAGAGGAGAGCAGUCCCAGGCAUUAAGUCAUAGGAAACAAAAGUUUCGAGAUGAAUGGCCAACAAUUAAAGAAUUUAAAAAUUGGCUAGAGCCUGUACCUGAGAAUCAUUUGAAAGCAUAUUGUUGUUACUGCCGAUUGCAAAUGGUUUCAGAAUUGACUACUAUAAAGAAGCACAUGAGAAGUUUGAAACAUAUAACCUCUGCAAAAUCUAUAACUGGUAUGAAAACAGGAUUAUUUUCUACAACAACAGCUAUAAGGAAAGAUGACGAAGCAAUAAAAAGAGCUGAACUAAAAAUAUGUGGAUUCAUAGCUGAACACAAUAUGGCUAGGUUCACAUGGACGCGCGUACACGCGCGCCAGUUUUUCGCGCGUAUUUAG